GGGCUCUUCUCGAGCGAAUCUGCCUAGUCGUAGCCGUGGUGUACUACAUCAAGCACAGCUCCAGCAACGGAGAUCACGAGUGCAGGUGGCCGUUCUCCCCCACUGUCGCCGACACCAACACGUAAGGCACGCACCGCACGCACCGCACGCACCGCAGAACGACGCGAGAGCUGCAUUGACUUGAGCUCGCCUCGCUGUCGAGUGCACGUCGGAGUGAGCGCGUAGGCCACGAGCCAGGCAGCCAGCCGAGCGUCGUACGUCGUCCUUUGUCCCUUGACGUGCCGCAAAGAUCAUCACAUACCCCAGACGGCAUUGCAUCAUAUCGUCAUUCUUCCAUCCUCCGUGCACGCGGGUAACAGGGUCAACGGACGUCGUCUAUUCCCCCUCCAUCAAGCACAGGAAGCAUACAUUUGCAUCGCUGCUGACGGAAGGCCUUACAGCGACUGGCAAGGCGCGCGCAUCCUGUCCCCCUGACGAUGCAAUUCGGUGGUACUCCUAUGGCCCCAUCGCCCUCGUCAGCAGGAAGCAACUUUGGACACCAAUUCAACGGUAACGGCAUCUUCCAGAACGGUAACCACUUCCAGGCCAACCAUUCGCAAUUGCAAAUGUUUGCCCCUCAAGGAACCACGGCUGCGGCCAACGGGACUAGCAAUGGCCUCUACUCAGGCGCUGCAAACGGGCAACCGCAGCAACAGCACCACCAGCCCCAGCAACCGCCGCAACAGCUGCAAGGUGGUCAGCAACAGGGACAGCAACCACAGGGACAGCAACAACAGCAGCAACAACAGCAGCAGCAAAAUGGAAACGGCACCGGUGCACCCUUGGUGUAUCCGGCGCUGCAUCUUCACCCCCUCAACGACACAUUUGCUCCCAAGCAGAUCAGUCUGGCUCCACCUGGUCCUCAUAACAAAAUCAAGAUUGGACGGCAGACAAACGCAAAGUCGAUUCCUCAGCCCAGCAAUGGCUACUUUGACUCCAAAGUGCUUAGCAGGAUGCAUGCCGAGGUCUGGAGCCAAGACGGCAAGGUCUUUAUCAAAGACGUCAAGUCAUCGAACGGCACCUUCAUCAAUGGCGAAAGACUGUCCCCCGAAGCGCAAGAGUCGGACGUGUUUGAGCUUCACAACGAGGACAUGGUCGAGUUCGGCAUCGACAUUGUCGGCGAGGACAACAAGUCGAUCAUCCAUCACAAAGUCUCCUGCCGAGUCUUUCUCGUUCUCACCGCCGAAGAGGCACUGGGCCUGCGAAACGACUUUGCCGCCCUCUACCGUGGCGGCAUUGCCGGUGGUGGACUUGGUCACCAGUCCGUAGGCCCGGGCGCAGAGGGUGGCUUGCGAAGGAGCAAGCUGGGCGUGGGCGGUGGAAGCGUCGGUGGUACGAGCUUCGAUCACAUCCUUCACAAGCUCCAGGCCGAGCUGCAGAAGAGCCGCGAGCAGGCCAACGACCUCGGCACGCUCACCCAGGCCAUGGGUGAGAUUGGCGAGACGCUCGGAGGAGGCUUGCCGCCGAUGCAGAACCCUCCGUACCAGCACAUGGUUCCUCCUGUCCACUCCCUGGACAAGGACGGCCGAAACAGUGUCGGUGGUCAGGGCACUGGCGACGGAGGUGCAGAAGCGGCAGCGACUGCUGCUGCCGCUGCCUCGGAGACAAUCAAGGCUCUUGAGGAACAGAUUCACGAGACGCAACGGACUCUGAACCAGCACAUGGACAGGCUUGCAGGGCUCGAGGCCAAGCUCGAGGAGCACGACGGUGUGCGGGACGAUGUGGGCCAUAUGCGGUCACAGGUCAACGAAGCAAGGCGAGAGCUGGCCGAGGCGGUGCGCCAGCGUCAGAAAGUGGCAGGCGUGUUGGACCACCAAGCGUGGAGCAACGGAGUUCGGAAAGAAGAGGCAGGCGAAGACUUUGACGAUGGCGCCAGUGUGGCCUCGAUGGACACAGUUGUCGCUGGAGGCGAGGACAGCAGCGCAAGCAACGAAAGAAAGCCCUUUUCACAGCGAAGCGCCCUGGGCAAGGGACCGAUUGGCGUCGACGAGGUUGAGUCCGACGAUAUCACCAACAUCUUUGGCGACGACGAGAUGCAGGACGAGGAGACCCUUGCCCGUCUCAAGAACCACGUCGGUCCAUUGGCACCUCCCGAUGGCGUGCCCGUCAAGAAGAAGAGCGAAGAGGAUGAAAGCUUCAAGAAGACUGAGGAGCUCAACAGACGCCUCGAGGCCAUGGAGCAGCAGCUCGAAAGAGCUUUGGAGCUUGGACGGACGCUCGCGGGACAACAUGCCGAGGCCACAGAGGCGGUCAAGCGUCUGGAAGAGAAGGUCAAGUUGCUCGAAUCGACGCAGCCUGAAGCUUCCGCCAGCAAGGAAGCCGAUUCGACGACCCUGGAAGCAGCGGCCGCUGCGGGACUCGCAGGCACCGCAGGCGCAGGAGGCAUUCUGGCUGCGCUCGAAUCUCGUUGGGGCAAGUGGCGAGACGCGUUUGAGAAGGACUGGGCCAAGGAAAAGUCCCAGAUUGACGAGGACCGACGAGCGCUGCAGCGCGUGGUGCAGCUCUGGGACAGCCUCAAUGGCGAAGUUGAAGACGUACUCGAAGGCCAAGCCUCGUCUUCUUCUACUGAUGUUUCGCUUGACGAAGACGGCGUCAGCGGUCCGUUGGAUCGAGAAGGCUCCAGUGCUGCCGUCAGCGUAUCUGGUGUCGAGACCAAAUCGAGCUCGGCGGCCCGGAAGCGAAGAAAGAGGCGAGCAGCCGCAGCCAACACCAGAAGCGACGACAAGGCCGCCAGCAGCGCAGAAGCCGACAUCAGAUCAUCGCUGCUCGACGGUGAUGCUGCGCGGAUGAACAGAGAGCUGAGGGCGCUACUCUACACCGACGACUUCAACCUGCUCGCGCGCGAGGCAAAUCUGGACAGCUCUACCUCUGCUGCUUCAGGGCCACUUUCUCAGCAGGAAAGCAGAUCUGCAUCGGCCUCGUCAAGCAGCGUUGGAACGCGUGGUGCUGGUACGCCGACACAGACGAGCCUUGACAGCCUGCUUGACCACAGCAGUCGACGAGGGCCUGCCUUUCUUUCCGCAAAAAGAGGCGGAGGCGGUGGAGCCAGAGACGGCUCCGCCUCUCUACCGAUGCUUGGUGCUGCCGGUGUCUUCGUCUUUGGGAUGACGGCUUGGAUACUGGCGGGCAAAGGCGGGACACUAGGUGCUACUGGUGGGUAGCAGUGUGUCCUGCCCUGACGAUGAGUAACUCGCAGGA